AUGACACGCACCUCUCCCAAUCUCCCCGUUAUCAUCCUGGGCGCCGGCAUGGUCGGCCUCACACUCGCCCAAGGUCUAAAGAAAGCCGGAAUCCCGUACAGGGUUUACGAGCGCGACAGUGCUGCAGACACCGACAAGGGUCGUGGAUGGGCGCUGACUGUCCACUGGGCCCUAUCUGCGCUGGAGGAAUGUCUCCCCACGGACCUAUUCAAUAGACUGGAGGACAUCCAGGUCGACCCAAGUCUCGAAGACUCGCGCCGAUUCUGCUUCCUGGAUCUUUCCAACGCACAACCUAAGUAUGUGAUCCCACCAAGCAAACGACUCCGCGUCAAUCGCCGACUCCUCGGGAGUCUGCUCGAGGAGGGAAUCGACAUCAACUAUAACAAAACCUUGUCCUCUUUCUACGUCUCGUCCGAGAACCCAGACUCCGUCGAAGUCAGCUUCACUGACGGUAGCACAACAACUGGGUGUCUCCUGGUGGGCACCGACGGUCGAAACAGCAAAACCCGUCGUCUCCUCCUCGGCGAAGAGGUCGGGGCCCUCAAUCCCCUCCCCGUCCGCAGCAUCGGCGCCACCAUCACCAUGACCCCGGAACAGUUUGCGCCCAUCCGCGGGAUCGACCCGCUUCUCUUCCAAGGCUCGCACCCGGAAACAGGCGUGUAUAUGUGGUUCUCACUCGUCUCAAGCCCAAGCAUCAACGGAAGCAAGGACACCACAGACCCAUUCUACGAGGGCCAGCUUAUCCAAUCCUGGCUGUAUAAGUCCGAGAAGGACAACGUCCCCGACUCGGACGCUGAGCGACUCGCAUUAUUCAAGCAGAACGCGCAGCAUUUCGAGACGAGGCUACGCAACACAAUCAACACGCUCCCCGCGGAUAGUAAGAUGCUUCAUAUCAAACUUGUUGAUUGGGUUCCGGUGGACUGGGAUAAUCGGAAUGGCCGAGUGACCUUGGCCGGUGAUUCUGCGCAUGCGAUGACCUCGUACCGCGGAGAGGCGUUCAACCACGGUGUUGCGGAUGCGGCGGUCCUGGCGAAGAAUAUCAUUGCGGCAUGGAAGAAUCCCGGUGUCUCAGAUGGAAUUCAGAGCGCAGUGAGUCAGUACGAAGAGGAGAUGCGCACGAGAACAUGGGAGUCUGUGCUGUUGAGUACGCAGGCUUGUUUGGAUGCGCAUGAUCUGAACGGAUUGCAGCCGGAUAGUCCGAUAGUGAGUAAGAGAGCGAAGGUUGCAAAGGAGGCCAGGGAAGCAAGAGCGAGAGCCAAGUUACCUGAGGUUGCGGCGUAG